AUGGAAUCUACCAUGGAAAUUAAUAAAAGCUUUGAAGAUUCUCUAUUUAAUUCAAAGUAAGCAAAUUAGUUAUUUUUACGUAAAUUUGAACUGUGAUAAGUUAUUAACAUAGUUAAUACUUAAAAAUAUAAAAAUAAAACAAAUAUAUAUAUUUAAUAUUUUAAGUGUAUAAUAAAACUGUAUAAAAGUGUUAGUAGUAUUACCUAGAAAGAUGUGGGUUUUUUUAAUUGAAAAACACUUUUGCUUAGUAAAAAUGAUCCUAUUUAUGUAGAUUUUUCACCUGAUUGUACUUUAUUUGAUCAAAACGAUUUCAAAAAUAAUUAAUAUCAUUAAUAUAAAAAAAAACAAGGAUUUUAAUUUUUUUAAUUUCUAUCAUUGAUUAUAAGGGAAAGAACCGUGUUAAUACUAUAACAGUAUAACCCAGUAGUUUUCAAUAUUUUUGAGUCCAUGACACUUCUGGUUUUAAAAACCAAAUUAGCAGCUCUCUUACAAUGAUAAUAUUAGAAAUUAAAAUAAACAAAUUGUUUGUAUUACUGUAAGCACUUUUUUUUAAUAAUGAUAAAUCUAUAACCUGAGAAGUUUAUUGAGCUUUGUUCAGAAUUGUUUUGUUUCGAUAGCAAUUAAUUAUUGUUGCAUUCAUCAUAUAAAUUAAAAUACCUUAUAUCCUAUACCUUUCUAACUUCACACCUAUAUUCAUGAAGUGGAGUAUUUCCAGUUUUUAUAUUUAUUUUAUUGUUAUGUCAAGAGGUAUUGACCUAAUAUCGGUUAGUACUUUAUAUUAAUAUUUUAUACAAUGUUCUAGUUCAAUGUGUAAUAUAUUAUAAUACAGAGAAAUUUUUUAUAUAGUACUUCCAUUUAAUGAAACUUUUUGUUAAACAAAAUAUUUUUGAGAACCAUGAUUUUCAUUGUUAGUUAUUUAGUGUUGUCACUAGGUAUCAAAUAUUAAUUAAUAUUGUUUUAAAGCUUAACAUAUUUACAGUUGUAUAUCCGGUUAAGAUAAAAAAAAACAAAGCUUUUCUGUUAAGUCUAACAAUUUUACCACAGAGUACCUACCAUAUAAAAAUUACGUUCAAAACUCGCAAAAUUAAAAUAUUUAUAAAUAGCUCAAAAUCGGCUUAAAUUUAAUGAAAAUUUUAUCAUGUCUAGAAAAGACAAAUAUAAGUAUUCUGUGAAAUUUUUAAGUCUCUACUAAUAUUUUAAACUAAAUGACAACAAAAAACAAAGUAGAAAAUAAUAAAAGCAUUAUUUUCAGAUUCAAUUCUUCCGCUUUUCUUACAGUUUAUAUUGGGUUUCCCCAUAUAUUAUGAAAACCAAUUGGAAAAUAAAUAAGGUCAAUCUAAAAUUCCAUCUGAAAAAAAUGUCCUUUCAGAAAAGGUGCCAUAGUUACACAUUGAAGCAAGAUAUCUGAUAAACAUUUUUGUCACAGUAUAAAAAAUAAAAAUACCAUUGUAAAACUAAUAAAUUUACUACAUUCAGAAUCUAAAAUGUAUUAGUACAAUAUAAGACAAUAGUUUCUUCAACCUAAAUUUUUUUUAUUAAAUACUUGAAUACCCACUGGGUGAAAAAUAUAAAAAGUAUAAAGAUAGUAAAAAAUAAAGAAAAAUAAAUUUAUUUUUAGUAUAGUUUUUAUUUAUAUAUUGUUCAAAAUAUUGACUAGGUUUUUGUGUUUCGGUAUAAAAAAAAUUGUAUUUGCCUAUAGUUACCUGACUUAACAUAAAGAAAAGCAUUCAUUUUCAUGAUCAUUAAUUUUCCUCACUAAGAAAAGGGGUAAAAGAUGGUAAAAACCAAGUGAUAUAUAAAAUAAUAUUCAAAGUAUAUACAGCUAUUAGUAUAAUUAUAAAUAUUGCCUGCCUAAACUGCUGAAAAAAUUUUGUGAAUUAAAUUUUGCAUUUUAUAUAUUUUUUUUUUUUUGUAUUUAUAUAUAUGUUAUGGGCAAAAGCCGAAAUUGGGCAAAUCUCAUAAAUGCCUGAGCAAAAGGUGAAAUUUUGCAUGAUACUUGAACAAAACUGCAUAUUUCAGCUUUUUUCCAGACAAAUCUAUUUGUGACCAACUUCAUUCAGGCAAAUUUGUAACAUCCAUACAUUUAUUUUAUAAAUAUAUAAAUCUUAUUAAUUUAAUAAAUAAAUAUAUUUAAAAAAUCUUACAACAAAAGUAGCUAAGGUUUUGCCCAAAUGUUUAUUUAUAUUGUCACUAUUUGUCAAAAACCAGAUAUUUCCAUGUAAGGAUUAAUAAUUGUAUAAUAAUAAAAGUAGAGUAUUGUAAUAUUUUGAACAUGAUACCUACCUAUUGUGAAAAGUUGAAAUUUACCUUACAAAAUUUACAUUACAGAUUGAAUGAGGUUGGUCACAACUAGGUUUGUCCAGGUAAAAGCCGAGUUAUGACAUUUUUUCGAAGUAUUGUGGAGACUUCGUGUUUUGCCCAGGCAUUUUCGAGAUUUGCCCAAUCGUGACUUUUGCCAGUAACAUAUAUAUACCAUAAUAAUGCUAUCUUUUUUUCCAGUGACAAAAUAAAAUUUAUUAUAAUGGAUUUUGAAUUCACUUCCAUAGAUAUCGUGGAUCUGUUACUAACAUUGGGAGCAUUAGCAAGCACCCUCGACAAAUAUAAACCAGUCAAGCUACAGGGAAGGCCGUUGGUUUUAACUACCAAUGAUAAACUUCGGGCAUUUAGGUGA